AUGUCUUUCCACCCUGACAACCUCCCCAGUCUCGAAGGCAAAGUCUUCAUCGUCACUGGCGGUAAUGCUGGAAUGGGCUACUACACAGUCCUACACCUCGCAGCCCACGGCGCCCAAGUCUACAUGUGCACCCGCUCCCUCGAGAAGGGCAACACAGCCAUCUCCGAAAUCCAGAAAGCCCAUCCCGAAGCAAAAGUCGACCUUCUACAAAUGGAUCUUAUGGAUCUUUCCAGCGUCGUCACAGCGGCCAAGCACUUCCUCACCCUCGAAACAUCUCUACACGGUCUUGUGAAUAACGCUGGUAUCAUGGCUACGCCCUUCGAUAUGACCAAGGAUGGCCAUGAGGCCCAGUGGCAGACCAACUACAUCUCGCAAUGGGUCUUUACUGAGCAUUUGAUUCCUGUGAUGCAAAAGACUGCAAAGGACUUGCCUGCUGGAAGUGUAAGAAUCGUGAAUCUUACUUCCUCAGGCCACUUGAGCGCCCCCAAGACCGGUAUCAACUUUGAGGACCUCACUCUCAAAGACCAAGGCGUCUGGGAGCGCUACGGCCAAAGCAAGCUAGCCAACGUUCUCCACACCAAGACCCUUCACAACAAAUACGGUCCCGGUUCAGAUAACAAGGAAGGUGAGAUCUGGGUCACUUCCGUGCACCCAGGCCUCGUGGAGACCAACCUCGCAACCACCGUCGACCCUGCGGAGAAGGGUAUGCUGAACCUAGUCGGCGCACUCCGCUGCUUCAGAAUGCUCUGGUCUGCUGAUAAGGGCUCUUGGAACAGCCUCUACUGUGCUGCCAGCCCGGAUAUGAAGGCCGAGCAGAGUGGACAGUAUCUUGAGAUUUACCAUCGGUUUGGUGAGCCUUGGUGGGAGAGUGGCUUUGCGAAGAAUGCAGAGUUGGCUAAGAAGUUGGAGGAUUGGACAAGAGAAACUAUGGGAAAGGAGGGCUGGGUUCAUUAA